CGCGCGGGCAGCGUCCCGCGGCGGCGCGGUGCGUCAAGCGCCAGGCCAGUCCUGCCCAGGCAAAGAUGGCUCGGAAGCGCACGGCUGGCAGGGAGUCGCAGGGACGCGAGUUGCGCAGCCAGAUGGCUGCGGGCAGGGAGCCGCGGGGACGUGAGUCACGCGGCCAGACUGCCAAGGGCGAGAGCAAAGCCAGGCGCGAGGAGAAGGAGGCGGAUGUCUUUGAAGAUGAGAAACCUCUAAAGAAGAGCCUUCUCUCAAAAGUUUCACGAGGAAAGAGGAAGAGGGGCUACGGUGAUUCUGGGGGCCCAGCAGAUGGUCCAGCAAGAAAGAAAGCGGCCAAAGUGACUGUUAAAUCCGAAAACCCUCAGGUUAUUAAGGAUGAAGCCCUCAGUGAUGGGGAAGAUUUCAGGGAGUUCCCGAGUGCCCGCAAGAAGGUGCACCGUCCAGAGAAAGAGGCUGCUGUGGACAAAGGUGGGGGUGAAGGGGACGACGAGGAAGAGAGUGAGGAGGACUGGGAAGAGGUAGAAGAAGUUAGUGAGCCCAUGCCGGGUGACGUGGGGGAAAGCUCAGCCUUGUCUACAUCUGCUCUGCCCAUGAAGCCCGUGGAGAUAGAAAUUGAAACACCGGAGCAGUUGAAGGCAAGAGAAAGAAGUGAAAAGAUAAAAACGGAGCUUGAGACACAUCUUCGGAGGAUGGUGAAACGUUUCAAUAAGGAAGUCCGUGAGGACACACACAAGGUUCACCUUCUGUGUCUGCUGGCAAAUGGCUUCUAUCGAAAUAGCAUCUGCAGCCAGCCAGAUCUGCGUGCUAUCGGCCUCUCCAUCGUCCCAACUCGCUUUACCAAAGUGCCACCUCAAGACGUGGACGUCAGCUACCUGUCAAACCUGGCGAAAUGGUUCAUUGGAACAUUUACAGUUAAUGCAGACCUUUCAACCAAUGAGCAGGAUGGCCUGCAGACGACGCUGGAGAGAAGGUUUGCUAUUUACUCUGCGAGAGACAAUGAAGAGUUGGUCCAUAUAUUUUUACUGAUUCUCCGGGCCCUGCAUCUCCCUACCCGACUCGUACUGUCUCUACAGCCAAUUCCUCUGAAGUUAUCAGCAGCGAAGGGAAAGAAACCUUCCAAGGAGAGAUCCACAGAGGGUCCUGGAGGCUCCUCAGAAACUUCCAGCCAAGUUCCUGGAAAACCAAGCAAACCAGAGACCAGCAGAGGAAGCAGACGAGAGGACACGUCUUCUGAGGGCACUGGCAGUGCACGUGCCAAAGGGAAGGGGAGCAAGGCGGCUGCCAUCAGGAAGAAGCGGCGAGAGCCCUCCUCCAGCAGGGAAGAAGAGGGCAAGGCCGGGGGGCAGACGGAAGGGGCCCAGAGGCGUUCACGGGGCCGGGAGCGGCGGGCAGCCGCCAGGGUGUCUUACAAAGAAGAGAGCGGGAGUGACGAGGCUGGCAGCGGCUCUGACUUUGAGCUCUCCAGCUCGGACAGCCAUCACCCAUCCGACGAGGAUUCUGAGCCAGGCCUUUCAAGGCAGAGGAGGGCCACCGCCCCUCAGAGGAUGAAGGUGGGGUCCAAGAGGGAGUCCAGGUCCCAGCGUGGAAGCCGCCCUCAGCCUCCUGGCUUUCCAGAAGCGUCUGUAAGCGCUUCCGGCAGUAAGCGUCAGAGAGGCAAGCGUAAGAUGCCCGUGGAUGGUGAGGAGGCAGACGGCCGGAGAGCAGCUGGUGUGGACCAGUGGCUGGAGGUGUUCUCCGAGCGGGAGGAGAAGUGGCUGUGCGUGGACUGUGUGCAUGGAGUCGUGGGCCAGCCCCUGACCUGCUACCAGCACGCCACCAAGCCUGUGACCUACAUCGUGGGCAUCGACGGCGACGGCUGGGUGCGCGACGUCACACAGAGGUACGACCCUGCCUGGAUGACGGCGACACGAAAGUGCCGGGUUGAUGCCGCGUGGUGGGCCGAGGCCCUGCGACCCUACCGGAGCCCGCUGGUGGCGAGGGAGCAGAGGGAGGACCAGGAGUUUCAGGCGAGGCACCUGGACCAGCCUCUGCCCACCGUCAUAGGCACGUACAAGAACCACCCUCUGUAUGCCCUCAAGAGGCACCUCCUCAAGUACGAGGCCAUCUACCCUGAGACGGCUGCCAUCCUCGGGUACUGCCGCGGAGAGGCUGUCUACUCCAGGGACUGCGUGCACACCCUGCACUCCAGGGACACGUGGCUGAAACAGGCCCGAGUGGUGAGGCUUGGAGAAGUGCCCUACAAGGUUGUAAAAGGCUAUUCCAACCGGGCCCGGAGAGCCCGCCUGGCUGAGCCGCAGCUGCAGGACUACAACGACCUGGGCCUGUUUGGCAAGUGGCAGACCGAGCAGUACCAGCCGCCGGUGGCCGUGGAUGGGAAGGUCCCCCGGAACGAAUUUGGGAACGUGUACCUCUUCCUGCCCGGCAUGAUGCCUGUCGGCUGCGUCCAGCUGAACCUGCCCAACUUGCACCGCGUGGCCCGAAAGCUGAACAUUGACUGUGCCCAGGCUGUUACGGGCUUCGAUUUCCACAAAGGCUACUCCCAUCCCGUAACCGAUGGCUACAUAGUCUGUGAGGAAUAUAAAGAUGUGCUCCUGACCGCCUGGGAGAACGAGCAGGCGCUCAUUGAGAAGAAGGAGAAGGAGAAAAGGGAGAAGCGUGCUCUGGGGAACUGGAAGCUGCUGGUCAAAGGGCUGCUCAUCCGGGAGCGGCUGAGGCUUCGCUACGGGGAUCAGAACGAGGAAGCCGCUCCCCACGCAGACGCAGGAGGAGGGCUCUCUUCAGACGAGGAGGAGGGGACCAGCUCUCCAGCGGAAGCGGCCAGGAUCCUGGCGGCCUCCUGGCCCCAAAACCGAGAGGUAGAGGAGAAGCGGAAGUGCCCCCGGAAGAGCAGGAGGGAGAAGGAGGCAGCUUCCCACCUGUUCCCGUUUGAGAAGCUGUGAUGUGAGUGGUCACCUCCUCGGUGGCUCAGCCGUGCCCCAGACCUUGCUCCCGGAUAGAUCCCUCCUGCGUCCGACACUCGUGCUGUUGCAGACUCGGGCCCCCUCUCUGCAGGCGCCUCGUUGCCCUCAGUCAGGUCCCUGACGCCGCCUGACGCCGUGGGGGGAGAGCAGGUCAGUGCAGGCCGUCUCAGGGUGACACGGCUGGACCUACUUUCCCAGGUAACACUUCGUGGUGGCAGAAGACUAGAACAAAGAGCUAAAGUCAGGAAAGAAAAGGAAAAACGAGAAUUAAAUGUCAGGAAGAGUGGAUCAAUGUUAACCUAGAUUUUAUUCAUUACUGGAUACAUUUAUAAAGCCCUAUGCACUGUAGAUAUUUAGGAGAAAUAACUUUUGUAACAUUUUGAGGAAAAAAAUAAAGCAUUUCUCUAGAAAGACGUGACUCUACGUUU